UCUAGGAUUAGAGGGGCCGUAAACGACAACUCGUUUACAACUUGGGCGAUCUUGCAUCGAGUCAUCACGCAGCAGCAACGAGUCCAAACCCAGUUCGAAAUUGGCAAAUCCAUUCGAAAGACACCGAGGCGGUAUAGGUACAGAGAAACGCAUGGAGGAGACUGAGCAAUUGCAAAUCGAAAGUUUCCAGCAGCUUCCUUCACCUUCAAUCUUUGCGUCUCAGAUUGAAUCCAAAAACGUCCCCGCUGUUUUCCGUGGAAGCAUUAAGGACUGGGAAGCCUUCACCAGGUGGAAUCCGGCUAACGGCGGCCUCGACUAUUUGCAGGAACGGGCAGGAUCAUCUACUGUUGAGGCUAUGCUAUCCAGAUCCGCUCCUGUCUUUUACGGUGAUCUUAGAAGCCAUGAGAGGGUUCCGUUACCAUUCUCCACCUUUAUUGGUCUUUGCAAGCAGCGUAUGGCAAAUGCAGAAGGGCAUGAGCCUGCGCCGUCUGAUGCACAAGAGCAGGACCCUCUGCUUUCUGGUGAUGCUCCUAAACAAAUCUAUUUGGCCCAGGUUCCAAUUAUGAAUACUGAGGAUCAAGAGAGGGUUCAACUGGAAAUUCUUAGGGAAGACAUUCAAAUGCCUGCAUUUUUGGAGACAAAAGAACUAGCUUCUAUUAAUUUGUGGAUGAAUAGUGCUCUUUCAAGAUCAAGUACUCACUAUGAUCCACAUCAUAAUGUUCUAUGCAUAGUUGCUGGUUGCAAGCAAGUUGUCUUGUGGCCUUCUUCUGCAAGUCCAUCUUUAUAUCCAAUGCCUAUAUAUGGUGAAGCCUCAAACCACAGUUCUGUUGCUUUAGAAAACCCUGAUUUCUCAUUGUAUCCAAGAGCAGAAUGCUCCAUAAAGUACUCUCAGAAGGUAAUUCUUCAUGCAGGUGAUGCGCUUUUCAUCCCUGAAGGCUGGUUCCACCAAGUAGACAGCAGCGAUUUAACAAUUGCAGUUAACUUUUGGUGGCGGUCCAACAUAAUGUCUGGCAUGUUAGAACACAUGGAUGGUUAUUAUUUACGCAGAAUAUUAAGAAGAUUGACGGAUAAAGAAAUGAACCACAUACUUCAGAAGGCUUCUUCUUCUGGCAUGGAGAAACAGAAGAUGCAUACGCACAAGCUGCUCAGUAAUGGAGAGGCAGAUCACAAUCACAGGGAUUUGGUGCAGGCUUGUGAACAAAAUGAUUUACAAGAGAAAGGCCAACAGCAGAGAGUUAGCUUGCAUGUAUUGGAGCCAUAUGCACUCCAGGUUCUUCAUGAGCUUGUUUCUUUGGUUCACGACCGUGUUAACUUGAUUGAUCAAAGUCAAUUGGUAGAGUCAACUUCAGCAAAUGAUUCUGCAGUUAAUAUGAAAGGUCAAUAUGAUAAGACUGCGACAACUAAUUUAUUUGUCCUAGAAGAUGAUCCAGUUGCUAAAAUUCUUUGGACCCUUGAUCCAUACACGAUUCAGAAUGUCCUUCUUGCUAUGGCUCACAAUUUCCCAAGAACUUUGGAGGCUUUGAUUUUGCACUUGCUUUCACCGGUGGGAGCAGAAGUACUCACACGGAAAUUUGAUGAGAUGGAUCAACAAAUCACUGAAGAAAAUAGAAACAAGUUCUAUGAAGUCUUUUAUGGUGCAUUUGAUGACCAAUUUGCUGCAAUGGAUGCAAUUUUGAAUGGGAAAGAAUCAUUUGCUCUCAAGGCAUUCCAUAAUGUGUUGGAUAAAUAUUUGGGAGUAACCUUUGAUGUGCGAAAACUAUCAACUGGAUAAGACGUGUAGUACUGCAACUUGGUCGCACUGGUGAAAUCAAAAGAGUCUAUCAGUGUAUUUCCAAUUUUCCACAGAAGAAGCUAUCUGUUUUGAUCGUUACUCUUUCAUGGGCAUCAUCCACAAUUUUGUAUAAAUAUAAAUCAUUUCUAGUUAUGAACAAUGAUUCAUAUCUCAG